CGUGCGUUGAACACAGCGUUCAGAGCUCGACCAGUGCGCAUGCGGUACGUUUCGUGGCUCCUCGCGUCCUCGUGUUUCGUCGCGUUCGAUCAAAAUCCGCCCCGUCUACGUGCGUGGUGUCCACGUUCCGCCCGUGCAGACGCCGGUGAAGCCAGAUCGGCAAUUAGACAACGAGAAACCAUGCUCCGAGGGUGACUUUUGUGUCAAUGCCGGACCUCUCUUAUCCGUGAUCGACCACGUGUACGUGACCAGUGACAUUUUCGGACUUUCAGAGAAAACCACCACCGAGAAACACAUCGAGUCAGGGGAGGAUGUCGAAGUCGGGCAGCAUCAAGGAUGGCGAGAAGGGGCCGUACGACGCGGUUCCCAUCACCGACAAACCCAGCGACGAGAUCAAACUGGAGGCGAAGAUGUCCCUGAUGAACGGCGUCACCGUGAUCGUCGGUUCCAUUAUCGGUUCUGGCAUAUUCGUUAGUCCCACCGGUGUCCUCAAGUACACGGGCAGCGUGAACGCGAGUCUUUUGGUGUGGAUAGCUUCCGGCAUUUUCUCCACGGUAGGCGCAUACUGUUACGCGGAACUCGGAUGCAUGAUCAGAAAGUCGGGCGCCGAUUACGCGUAUAUCAUGGAGACCUUCGGACCUUUCAUGGCGUUCAUCAGGCUCUGGGUCGAGUGUAUGAUAGUGCGGCCUUGCAGUCAGGCCAUCGUGGCCUUGACUUUCAGCGUUUACGUUUUGAAACCAGUGUUUCCAGACUGCACGCCACCGGACGAGGCGACAAGGAUACUUGCUGCAUGCUGCAUAUGUGUCCUCGCGUUUAUCAACUGCUGGGACGUGAAAUGGGCGACGUGUGUGCAGGACAUUUUCACGUACGCCAAGCUCCUGGCGUUGUUCAUCAUAAUCUUCACCGGAGCUUAUCAGCUCUUCACUGGACACACGCAGUAUUUCACGUUCGAGAACACCAACACGGAAGUGACGUCGAUAGCGCUUAGCUUUUAUUCGGGUCUGUUCGCUUACAAUGGCUGGAACUACUUGAAUUUCAUCAUCGAGGAACUGAAGGAUCCCGUCAAAAACUUACCAAAAGCUAUAGGAAUUUCGUGCGUUCUCGUGACGCUAGUUUACGUUUGCGCGAACGUAGCCUUCUACACGACGCUGAGUCCUGUCGAGGUCCUAGGAAGCGAGGCUGUGGCAGUGACCUACGCCAAUCGUCUGUUCGGCAUGUUCGCGUGGACGAUACCUGUCUUCGUGGCCCUGUCGACAUUCGGAGCUGUAAAUGGAAUACUUUUGACGUCCUCGCGACUCUUCUACGCCGGCGCCUGCGAAGGUCAGAUGCCGGAAAUAUUGACCAUGAUUCAAACCUCGAGGGUCACCCCAACGCCGGCCGUUAUCUGCAUGGCCCUCCUGUCCAUGGUGUACCUUUGUUCCUCGGACAUAUACGCCCUGAUCAACUACGUCGGCUUUGCAGCUUGGUUGAGCAUAGGAGUAUCCGUGCUGUGCUUGCCAUGGCUCAGAUGGGCUCAACCUAACCUGCCCAGGCCGAUCAGAGUGAACCUUUUCUUCCCAAUAGUGUAUAUCCUUGCCACGAUCUUCGUGACCGUUGUACCUAUGUACGCCAGCCCAGUAGAAACAGGAUACGGCUGCCUAAUGAUCUUGACAUCCGUGCCCGUCUACUUUGUAUUUGUCGCGUGGAAAAACAAGCCUAAAUGCUUCCAGAGAGGAGUUGUAGGCGUGACGAAGUUCCUGCAGAAGAUAAUGCUGGUCGUCGGCAAGCCGAAACCCGCUCAGGUUUAACCACAGACAAAACGUGUCGUCAGCCACCACAGAGGUGACAUCCAGCUUCGAGACAACGAGAAACGGGGUAGAAUUUUCAGGUUACUCGGAGAACGUUCAUCCGCCAAAACUCAUUGUAAAAUAUUUAUUUAUUAAGGAAGAGAUUCCUUACACCCCCCUGCCAAAUUUAAUUUUAGGCUGGACCUAACGUUUGCACUCUGUAAUUUAAAUCGUAAUUUGAGUGUCGAAUACGAUUCCGAAGACUGAGUCGCAAUAUGGCGUUCACCUCGAGCCUGUACUGCACUCUGAAGUGUAAAACGAAUUAGAGUAUUACGUUGAGGUUAUAACACGGACUCGUUUCGUUUGCAAUUACGAUAGGCAGUAUCGAUUUGGAGUUUAGAUCGUAAUUGCAAUAAAAUGAGGUUAGAAUUUCGAGACGAGAUUGGACCUACGUUGUUUCAAAUUUGAUCCAUUUGAUGUUGAAUAGAGGUCUCGAGACAAACCCCUUUCAUUCAUGUAUACAUUAGAAUGAGUUGCAAGAUAGAGUCCAAUAACGGGACUUAAUUUCCAAAGAGUGUUGAGAUAUCCGAGCAACUCGAAUAAUCGUUCUCCGAGCGAUGCACGGGGCGUUCUGACCAGAGGCAGCCAUAUUUAAUCAGAACGCCCGGUCGGACAAAGCUUUGAAAGUUGCUCAACGAACCAAUCUCGUUAUCUUGUCUGGACGUCGUCUGUGCUAGAAUGGCGCCAAGAUAUCCGCGGGGAUGUAUUACCAAAACAGUUCCAGCGGAGGUACAAUAAUAAAGUCGAUAUGCAGUGACUACGGGGGUACCAAAAAGAAGGAAGACGUAAACUCCAUAUCUUAAAAUAAACCAAAAAAAAAAAAAACAAAAAAAAAAAGAGAAAAAGACGCCACUGAAUGUUCCACGAAAAGACAAACAGUAUUCUCCUCCGCUGGACGCGCGAGUACGACCAUUUCUCCCCCCACCACAAUAUGGCCGUACAUUUCCGACGUUAAUGCUUCGUUUCAUUCCACGCUGUACCAUUUCCAUGUUUCGUGAUUCGACCCUUCGUUUCAGGCCUUCGCGUUCGACUAGGUUUCGUUAGCCCCGAGUCCAUGAAAUCGUCGCCGAUAAUUUAUUAUCUUCCUUCCUGUAUUUUUAUUUAACCACACGCCAUCUCACGGGGUUAAACAGCACCAAACGCCCACGAGUCCCAGUUUCGGUCCCAAAUCUCCAUCGUUGACCCACGGGACCGGGAAACGAAGGGUUCGAACGACAAUUGUUACGCGCUGGCAUUCGAUUGUCAACGUCGCAUAAUAAUAAUGAUAAUAAUAUUGUAUUCGCAUUUUACCGCUCGCUGGUACUGGCACGGAGGUUGGGGCUACUCGAACAAUUCAACAUUCGGGUAUCGUUUAGUCGUUCGAAUACCACAAACAUCGAACAGUCGAGUAUUCGAGUGUUAUUAUACAAAAUAACACGUAACUUAGAACGUAACACGCGCACUGAUUAGAUUAGACCGAUUAGAGCAUAACGAAGUACACAGUAUUUACAACAUAACCUAACCCGAACUAACACGUAAAAUUUAGAACCCUAACCUAGCACACGUACCUAACUCUAAACGUAUAGAGUCUAACCAGACUAUUCAGAACCUAAUCCAACAUAUUAUUUAAUAUCUGAAAUAUGUACAGAAUUCAGAAGCUACGAAUUUCAUAAAUAUUCGAAGUACUCGACCGUUCGAAAAGUAUUCGUCGACUAUUCGAACAAAGGAAAAUUCGAAAAGUAGUCCCAACCCGAACUCGACACAUGGUAUGUACGUGUCUACAGGGCGUUCGUCAGCAUCUACAAUCUUUUUAAAAACGAUAAUUACGUACGAAACAUAUCAGUUUCCUGUUCGCCAAAUUAAAAUUAAACGUCGCGCGUUAUUAUUGAAUUUAUCGUGAAAUUUCGAAGGUGACGAUUAUCGUUGCAAGCAAUUGGCGACAGCGAACCGAUCAUAGAUGGCGUUAUAUGCUGGACACCCUGCAUACAUCGCUACGUGUCACGUGUUCCCAUUGGAUCAUCGGACUGUGUGCUCCGCAAGCAACUUUUAACGACGAUUUUUCAUCGGUGACCCACUGGCUAAACCCUUUUGUCCAUCUGCGUAAACGAAGUUCGAAUGGACAGCCACUCGAGUGACUCUGGCUAUUUAGACGUUUAGGUUUAACGCGUGUGUUACUUGCGAUCGCGAGAACUUUCGGUGCACCGACGAUUGCAGGCAACCUUACGAGCGUUAAUCGUUCGGAUUUUAGAUUUUUUAUACUUUUUUAACCGUCGAUCUGCAGCCACGUUGUACGAUCUUAGACGAUCAAUCCUCUUUCUAUUCAUAUCUUUGUCGAUCGUUCCGUUCGUUGUACAAAACUUGUAUACACGGUGAAUAUUAUACAUAUAUUCCGGCGAGAUGUUUCUUAGCCUGUAUAGUUUGUCGUAAUAGGAUUUUAUUCGACGUUUUUAACUCUCUGUCGAUGGAAUGAUUGAUCGUCGUGCCAAUAGAGGUUAUGUUCGCUGUCCGUGACCCGUGCGCGAGUCGUGGCAACGAGCUGCACUCGACACGCCGCCUAAAGACUGGACAGUGAAAGAUAUAAUCCGUGCGUAACGUCCAUUACUUUUGAUUGCACUUUAGAAAGAGGAACUAAUAAUCUCUGUAGAUGACUCGUAUCGUGUACAGCUCGUAAGAUUGUCCUGUCCAAUUUAUACAUAAAUUAUUUAGUUCGAUCGCGUAAAACGCCUGGCAUCGUGGCAGUCGAGUUACUGCGCCUCGUACGAAUUAAGACUUAAUGUUUUAUCUCGCCCCGUCGUCGACAGUCCUUGCACGCACUGUGAUCUUUUUAUUUACCGUAAGCGCACGUUGAUUUCCGCGUAUCGUCGAAUUCAGGAAACUCCGAUUUCGUGUCUUGGUGUAAACGAAAAAAUAAGAAAUGGCGUCGCGUCGCUUAAAAGUCGAUAAAAAUUUCCUCGUCCCGAUGCGACAAGAAUCUCUCGCUCGACCAAUUCUACGAUAACAAUUGUCUAUAAUUUUAUUGGCGUGCGUUUCCGUGCGAGAAAGCGGAUGCGAUUGAUUUGUAAAUCCUCUCUACUUUUGAAAAUGAAAAUCGAAGACUAAGAAAAAAAAAGAGAACAAAUUUCAGCGUAUUGAUAGUCGAGCUGUUCCAGGACCAAGCAUUUUCUACGAGGUGUUCUUGAAAUCGAAUCUCGCCUGUAGUCAAGACGGAAUUAAUUUUUCUGCCAAGAUCACUGCCCUUAUCGACCCGCUGACAAAUUUGUAAAAAAAUUUAGAGGUUAUUUAGGGGUUUUACGUCGAAGGAACUGACCUAUACAGGACAAUUUCUUCCGCCUCGAUUAUAGCCCAAGAAACGUCCUAUCGCGUCUCCGUAUAGUAAUCCUGAAUAACAUCAAUCAUUCCUCUCAUCCCAAAAAGUCAGUCUCGACGAUUCGUUCCAAUAAAAACGCUAGAUAAAUAUAAUCGACCAUCGUCGGUUCAAAAAAUAAAAUCUGGACGAUCAAAAUUGCUUUUCUCGACCAGGGGUUAUAUAUGUAUAUAUUUUCUUUUGUUGUACAAUUGCGAAAGAACGUAUCGCCGAUGCUGUCGUUUACAUUUAAUAUAGUUUCUGUCGUUUAGCUAUAUUUUUUAAGAGACACGAUUCGACGAUCACAAACUCCCACGGAACAUUCAUCAGAGUGUCUAUCGAGGCGUGGAUUGGUUGAUCCUUGGUAGCUCUAGUAUUUUGUCUAGAUCGCGGUUUAGAACAGUGCUGUUUCCCUUCCUCCGUUGCAAUGAUUUCUAAGCUUCUUUGGGAGGCCCAUCCUAAAAGAAAAAAUUUUUUCAAAGUGGUGGGUUUAAAUUGACGUUAAACCCUGAUAAACAACAGUAACAAUUUACACUUAUAAGCGUUCAUUAUUCAACGUUAGAUUUUCGUUCGCGUUGUUAGGUAUCGUGGAGUGGGGGAAGGGGUCCCAAGCUGCGCAGUGCAGCUUGCGCAGAACAGCACCGAUUCAUUCGUAAAACCGCCUGGCAGCGGAGAGGUAGUUUUAGAGCGCGUGGAAGGUCGUAUAUUUUUGCAUUACAAUGAAACAAACAGCGUCGAUAGGCAUUCUGGUACGCGUGACAAUAAACAUCUACUAAUUAAUUAAUUAAUUAAUCGGAAGUAAGCGAGAAAACUGAGAAAAAGGACGAGAGAAAAUGUUACCAGAAUCUGAGAGUGUUUUAGUAUUAUUAUUCGUGUUUAAAAAUUCUUCUGUAAUUAUGUUCCUGGGUCUGCGAAAUACCAGUGUAUACUUGAAAUGGCUCGUUGAAGGGGAAAUAGCGGGAAAGAUUGUAAAGUAAGGUUAGAGAUGUUUGAGCGCCGUCGAAAAAAUGUUGCAACCACUUUGUUACGUGCACGAGUAAGGAACACAGCGCGUUCUUUUUUUUUUUCGGAAUACACAUGCAGUGCCUACGACAAGAUUACGCGACACGAACAGCAGUAGCUUAGGAUCGAAAUAAAGCAGUGGAACGGAAACUAGAGGUCUAAGGGACAAGCGAACUGUGACAAUAUAUUAUAUUGCAUAAA